UCCAUUUGAGGGUCACUGAGAAGCUCAUCACGGCAUCGAAUUCUGUCAUCGAAAAUCUGCGCUUUACUGAAAACAAAUGCAGUGAACUUUUGAAAGACACCAGAACAACCAUGUUUAGUGCAUUUCGGAAGAAAAUUAAAGACAUGAAGCGAUUCUGCCAAAUCUACAGACAAAAUUUAAAUGGAAAAAUUCAGUCGCUGAUCCCGUUAGUUCAAGCCUGUGAAGAAGACACUUGUGCUUUGACCAGUCUUCUACAAGCUCAUGACGAGUCUCCAUUUAACCCACAGGAUCUAACGGAGUGGAUGAGAGAGAAAGAGAAAGAAUCAAACACAGUUGGGGAGUUUCUUCAACAAUUACUGGACUCUGGAGCUGAAGUGCAAAUUAGCUUAGAUACAGUUUUGUCAGAUAUUAAUGUGGAGAAUGUGAUUUGCUACACAUUUAGUUCCCUUGAUCGGCGAGACGAGCUGAUUUCUGAACAAGAAAAUUACUUAAAGGCUCAAACAACAGGGAAGAAUCCAGGAUCGACUCCUCGAGUAUUGAUGUGGCUCUCUGGAAACAUCAGGGAGAAAAUGAGAGAAAAUGUAAUCAUAUUUAAAGAGCUGAUGAAGUCACAUGACACUCAGUCCACUAAAUUUAUUGUUUCCUCAAAAGACCACAACAAUCAUCCAGGUUCCUGCAUUCUCCUGUAUGAAAGUGGAUGUGAUGAAGCUGUUUGCUUUACUCCUCCAUCCAAACCAGCCUGUCCAAUCACUGAGGAAGUCAAAGGUCAGAAGGUGGUUCUGAAGGUGGUUCCUCCAUCAUGUCCUGCUACAGUGGAGCUCAGAUUACUGUAUAAAGUGAAGCAGGACACAGUCUGGACAUCUGAACCUGUGCUGAAGGAUCAACACACAGUUACUCUGACUGAUCUGGAAGAAGAAACAGAGUAUGAGAUCAAGUGCACCGCGGUGGGGAAACUCAACUACACCGUAGACAGUGAUGUGAUCAGUGUCACCACAGAGAAAAGUACAAGGAACAGAGCAGUUAUAGCAGGUGUUGCACACAGUGGUGAUGUGAGGAUUGUGCUGCUGGGAAAGACUGGCGUUGGGAAAAGUGCAGCAGGAAACACCAUACUGAGACGAGAAGCUUUCAAAUCAAUACUGACUUCACGCUCUGUGAAAGAAACAUCUGAGUUCAACAGAAGAUGGAUAACUGUGAUCGACACUCCAGGGCUGUAUGAUUCUGGAGUUGAUAAUGCUGACAUCAAGAAGGAGAUUGUGAUGUGCAUCUCAAUGGCUGCUCCUGGACCACAUGUGUUUCUGCUGGUGAUUCAACUGGGACGAUUCACUCAAGAGGAGAAAGACAUAGUGAAGAUGAUCCACGAGACAUUUGGAGACAAAUCCAGAAUGUACACCAUGGUACUGUUCACCAGAGGAGAUAAACUCAAAGGAAGAAGAAUUCAAGAUUUCAUUGAAGAGGAUGAAAGUUUAAAGAGCCUCAUCCAGCAGUGUGGUCAAAGAUACCAUGUGUUCAAUAACAAUGAGACUGAAGAUCUGACGCAGGUUUCUGAGCUGCUGGAGAAGGUUGACUAUAUGGUGACAGAAAAUGGAGGGAGUUUCUACACCAGUGGGAUGUUCCAGCUGGUGGACAAGAAUAUCAAAGAGAGACAAAAGAUGAUAAUAAAGGAGAAAGAAGUAGUGAUCAAGAGAAGAGAAGAAGAGCUGAGAGCCAAAUAUGUAACAGAAAUAAACCACAUGAAGAAAGAAACAGAGAGAGAAAGACAAGAGAUGCAGACUGAACUGAGGAAAAGCGAAGAGGAGUUUAAAAAGAGGGAAGAGGAGAUCAAGAAAGAAACCGAUAAGAAACUACGAGAAGAGAUGAAGCUAAAACUGGAGGAGAAUCAGAGAGCAUAUGAAGAGGAGAAUAAAAGAAAAGAAAAAUCCCUAGGAGAACAAGAAGAACAGGACUUUAUAAAAAGCAUGGAAGAAAAACAUGAGAAGGAAAAACUUAACCUACAGGAAAGAAUUCAGAGAGAAACAAGAGAACAAGCAGAGCAUGAGUAUAAUGAAAAACUUGAUAGACGAGUGGCUAAAGCUUUAAAAGAAGCUGAAGAAAAACAUGAAACAGAAAAGGCUAAAGCUCUAAACGAAGCUGAAGAAAGACACCAGAAAAAAUGGAUGAAAUUGUACAAGAUGCAGAAAAAAAGCACAAGGAAGAAAAGGAUAAAGUUGUCAAAUUUCUUACAGAAAAACACAAGAAAGAAGAGAGUGAAGCCUUAAAAGUUAAAGAAAAAGACAAGGAAAGAGCUUUAAGAGAAGCUAAAGAAAGAUAUGAGAGAGAAAAGGCUAAAGCUUUAAAAGAAGUUGAAGAAAACUACAAGAGAGAAAAAUAUCAAUCUUUAAAACAAGCUCAAGAAAAUUUUGAGAAAGAAAAGGCUAAAGCUGAAGCACAAGUUCCAUACAGAUCAAAACGAGCAAGUGACUGGAGUCACUAUGUCCCUAUUCUUGGAGGAGCUGCUGGAAGUUUAGUUGGUACUUUUGAAGACAUCAUAUAUUGAUAACAUGUAUUCUCAAUGUCAAGCCCAAAACCUGAGGUGUGAAUUCAAGUAUAUUGUGACAAGUUAUUGUUCCAUGAAAUAUAUAUAUAAUUCUUUCUAAAAUGCAAGGGUUAAAGCAUCACCAAGAGUUGAAAUAAUGUCACUCUGAAAUCAAAUUGGCGAAAUAAGGAAUGGCAGGCCUAUCAUGAUAGAUGUGCUUCUAUAAUAUCAGUUUAUCGGCUAAGGUCGAACAGUGUUGUUAGUAGAGAUCUUAAUGUCAGAACAAAAUCUAGCCAUGAAGAGGGCAGCCCUUUACAACCCUUGCAUUUUAGAAGAGUUAUAAAAUUACACUGCACAAAAGACAUUGUGUACAAUAAUUUGGGUUCUUUUGUUUAAGAGAGGGGUUCAUUUUUCAAGUGGGGGGCACAGCAUUGUGCCAAGAUAAACAGAUAAACAGUUUGCUAAGCAGAAAAACAAAAAACCUUUUAAAACUCAAUAUAAAGAAGAACAAAAUCUGCAGGUGAAAAAAAUGCAUAGAAAAAGUAAUUCAGGCAUAGAAAAUAAUUUCAUUAGCUACCCCUUCAGAUGUGGAACGGUGAGAGAAGACUAGACGAACACAUUAGUCAUUGUAAACUGCUCAAAUGUAACAUUUUAAAUGAGACCGGCUAAAUGCUGUAGGACGGAGUCAUGGGGAAGAACCUUGUCUUUUAGUGACUUGGGGGACAACCUCAUGAUGAAGAUAUGGUGGGUGGGGGGCUACGAUUAUUAGAUUACACCAACUACAGUUCAGUCACCAGCCAAAUGGUCUCUGUGGUCUUUGUUCAUCUCUGGUAAUAAUGGAGUCAUAGUAAUUUCCACAAAGUUUAAACAAACUUAUUCAGAGGACACUCUGUGUCAGCAAACAGAAAUACAGGAACUUCAAUCUCAAAAUCAGAUUUAAUAGAAGAACGGACUAUCAAGACAUUUCAUGAACAAAGACACUCUGAGCUACACAACAUAUAUUAAAAAUAUGAUAUAUUACUAUUGAAUUUUACAUUUCUCCAAAGAUCCAUGACUGGAAAUAAACUUUUUUUUUCUUUUUCUUUUUUACGUUUUGGUUUCAAACAUUAAUGCAGGAAUGUUUUUAAUAUCAGAAUUGUUGGUUUUCCAUGAUCGGGCUAAAAGAUGUAAUCAAAAUUAAUGGCAGAGUUCCCCAAAUAUAAACGUUUUGUCAUAAAUUACUCAACGUUGAACUGUUCUAAACCUGUAUGAGUUUCUUUGUUCUGUAAAACUUAAAAGAAAUUUUGAAGAACGUUUGUAACCAAAGGGUUUCUGGUCCCCACUGUUUUUUUUUUAUAUUAUGGUAGUCAAUGGAGACCCGCAACUCUCUGGUUACCAACAUUGUUCAGUAUAAUAUCUUAUCUGUUAUAUGUAAGGGAUAAUCAACGGCUAGCUGUGCAUUAAACGAUUUGAAUGCACGACGUGGAGGCGAAGAACCACCCGACGUGCAGCAGUUGAUUAUCCCGUUUAUGCCAUGGUCAUUUGCCAGCAUUCACAUAUUAAAGAUGUUAAUAAUAUUUGUGCUGCAAUACUUGACUGGAACCAUAAAAAUGACGGUUAUUUUCAUCUGUAUUACUAUUCAACGGUAACUGUAUGUUAAGCGCAUUAAUAUAGAAAGUGAUUAAACUGACCUGGAACUACCUGUGCAGUUAAAUUAAUUUAAUCAACACCUGCCAGCCAACCAGAAUCGAGUAUUCAGACAGACCAUGGCAUAAUCAACAGAAGAAACUCACACUGGUUUAGAACAACUUGAGGUUGAGUAAAUUAUAAAAUUAUCUUUUAAAAGACAUGUAUAAGGGAAGAACUUUUACAGUGUGAUUUAAUAAUGAUUAUGAAGGAUUGCAUUCAAUUUAUUUGUGUUGGCAUAAAAAUAAAUGGGGGGGGGGGGGGUCUAAGAAAUCUUCAUCGCAACCUGCGUGUGUAGCUUAAAAAGAGCAACUCUGCAUUUGUGUUGUGGUUAAUUUUGUGGUUAAUUGUGUUGUGGUAUCAUUUAAUCAUUUAUAAAAAAGCAUUUAACCAUAUUUACUCAUUUCAUUACUUCAAAAAAUGCUGGGCUAAAGUUGGUUCAAAUAUGGACAAACCCAAUAACUGGUUUGCUUUGACCCAGUGGUUGGGUUAAAUGUUUUAUUUAACUCAACAAUUGCUUAAAAAUAUACUAAUGUAGCUGACUUAAACGCUUCCAUCAUCCACCUGGAUUGACAUUUUACUCGGUAACUUUAGGCAGUUUUCUUUUAUAUUCUUUUAUAUUUUAUAUUAUUGUUGAUGAUCGCAUUAUUUUUCAUAUUCAUCUGCUUACACGAGAUUGCUCAUUUUCCUCGCCUAUGAUUUGAUUCUGGAAAUUCUGUACUCGUUCAGAAGAUGUGUGAUAUUAAAACAUCUUUGAGAGCAAGGUGUUUCAGGUGCCCUAUAUUCUGCGUAUAAUGGUGAAAACAUGGAAAGCCGGAAAAUUUCCAAGUAAGGCUCUGUCCCAAAUGGCACCCUUAAACCCUUACAGUCUUCUUCAGAGUCCACACUUUCCUGAUGUAAUGCUGCUGACUGUUGGGUACAAGUCGGCUGCGUCGCUUGCAGGCUUGCGCAGUCAACAGUAGUGCGCACAAGGGUGAAUGGGGCAGCUCGCGAGCACCCUUCUGAAAGCUAAAAUGAUGAAUGGGACACCCUAUGGACACGCGCACACAGCAGCCACUGUAAGUCCACCAGACCGUAAGUGCACAAAAGGUGCUAUUUGGGACAGGGCCUAAAUAUUAUCUGGGCUGCAUCCCAGAGAACUGCAGUGGGAGGAGCUUACACCAAGACCUGUGAGUGAGUGGGAGGGGCUUACACCAAGACCUGUGAGUGAGUGGGAGGGGCUUACACCACAAGAGGGCGAGGGGUAGGAUUAGAGAGAUUUGUGGCUUGCAGCUAAAGUCCCACCCUCUUUAGGUUGACCCACUCAUCUGCAGCUGGCUCCAGCUUAGUUUGUACUCAUAAAUUCAAUAAAAUUCCACGGGGAAUGAUUUAAUAACCAUUUAUACACUCAUUUCACUGAUGCAUUUAUUGUUCUGCCAUUUUUAUUAUUUUUCCAUUAUUGUUUAAUCUGAUGUUAGGUGCUGUUAUGUUAGUUGUUUUCACAAUCAAGUAAGAGAUCAGAAAAUAUCUCCAUUUAAAGGUUUUUAAAGGAAGAACUAAUUUUCCAUUGCUUGUAGAGGAUUUGUGAAGUAUGAAAGCAUUAAAACAGAUUAAACUAAGAUUAUUCAAUAAACUCUGCUAAUUUUACCCUCA